CGAGGGCGGCCGAGGAAGCUCCGGGAGGAGGAGGAGAAAAAGAAGAAGGUGGGAGGCGGCGGCCGCCGGAGGACCCGCUCCGCGCCUCGGCCUCUCCGCCCCCUCCCCGGUCUUUCUCUCGCCCCCUCCUCUCGUAUUCCGGGCUGGCGCCGCGGCUUUGUGCGAGGAGAUGGUGUAGCCCUCUGGCCGCCGAAGGAGGAGCCGGACACUUGUCUCCAGUCUCGGAGCUGCGUCCCCGCCCCUGGAGGAGAGACCCCCCCUUGGGCUCGGCGCCUCCCGAGUCUCCCGGCUUCUGGGGAAGCCUCUGCGCCGCCGGCACCAUGAGUGAACAGAGUAUCUGUCAGGCAAGAGCUGCUGUGAUGGUUUAUGAUGAUGCCAAUAAGAAGUGGGUGCCAGCUGGCGGCUCAACUGGGUUCAGCAGAGUUCAUAUAUAUCAUCACACAGGCAACAACACAUUCAGAGUGGUGGGCAGGAAGAUUCAGGAUCAUCAGGUCGUGAUAAAUUGUGCCAUUCCUAAAGGGUUGAAGUACAAUCAAGCUACACAGACCUUCCACCAGUGGCGAGAUGCUAGACAGGUGUAUGGUCUCAACUUUGGCAGCAAAGAGGAUGCCAAUGUCUUCGCAAGUGCCAUGAUGCAUGCCUUAGAGGUGUUAAAUUCACAGGAAACAGGGCCAACAUUGCCUAGACAAAAUUCACAACUACCGGUCCAAGUUCAAAAUGGCCCAUCCCAAGAAGAAAUGGAAAUUCAAAGAAGACAACUACAAGAACAGCAACGACAAAAGGAGCUGGAACGGGAAAGACUGGAGAGAGAGAGAAUGGAAAGGGAAAGGUUGGAGAGAGAGAGGGUAGAAAGGGAGAGGCUGGAGCAAGAGCAUCUGGAGAGAGAGAGACAGGAGCGAGAACGCGAUCGGCAGGAACGCCUGGAGAGGGAGAGGCAAGACAGACAAGAGCGCGAGAGGCUGGAGCGAGUGGAACGGGAGAGGCAAGAGAGGGAGCGGCAGGAGCAGUUAGAAAGGGAACAGCUGGAAUGGGAAAGAGAACGCAGAGUGUCCAGUGCUGCUGCCCCUGCCUCUGUUGAGACUCCUCUAAACUCUGUGCUGGGAGACUCUUCUGCUUCUGAGCCAGGCUUGCAGGCAGCCUCUCAGCCGGCCGAGACUCCAGCCCAGCAGGGCAUUGUCUUAGGACCACCUGCACCUCCACCCCCUCCACCACUCCCACCGGGUCCUGCCCAGGCUUCAGCAGCACUCCCCCUUCCCCCAGGACCCCCUCCACCACCUCCACUUCCAUCCUCUGGACCUCCCCCCCCUCCUCCUCCCCCUCCUCUUCCUAAUCAAGUCCCCCCCCCUCCUCCUCCACCACCUCCUGCCCCUCCCCUCCCUGCAUCUGGAUUUUUUUCGGGAUCCAUGUCAGAAGACAAUCGCCCCUUAACUGGACUUGCAGCUGCAAUUGCUGGAGCAAAACUUAGGAAAGUGUCACGGAUGGAGGAUACCUCUUUCCCAAGCGGAGGGAAUGCCAUUGGUGUGAACUCGGCCUCAUCUAAAGCAGAUACAGGUCGUGGAAAUGGACCUCUUCCUUUAGGGGGUAGUGGUUUAAUGGAAGAAAUGAGUGCCCUGCUGGCCAGGAGGAGAAGAAUUGCUGAAAAGGGAUCAACAAUAGAAGCAGAACAAAAAGAAGACAAAAGUGAAGAUUCAGAGCCUGUAACUUCUAAGGCCUCUUUAAUAAAUACACCUGAACCAACAAGAAAACCAUGGGAAAGAACAAACACAAUGAAUGGCAGCAAGUCACCUGUUAUCUCCAGACGGGAUUCUCCAAGGAAAAAUCAGAUUGUUUUUGACAACAGGUCCUAUGAUUCAUUACACAGACCAAAAUCCACACCUUUGUCACAGCCUAGUGCCAAUGGAGUCCAGACAGAGGGGCUCGACUAUGACAGAUUGAAACAGGAUAUUUUAGAUGAAAUGAGAAAAGAAUUAACAAAGCUAAAAGAAGAGCUCCUUGAUGCAAUCAGGCAGGAGCUGAGCAAGUCAAAUACAGCAUAGAGAAACAAACAAAGGAGAGAUAGGACUUUAAUCUGGAGGAAAAAAAAAUCCUACAAACAACUGUUAACAGCAACCCCCUACAUUUUAUGAACAGUAAGAAGAAAAUGGAGACAAACAGAAGGAGGGAAAAACCAACACACUCUGAAAGCCUUCAAAUACUGUGACUCUGGCGAUAAGCUAUUUCCCUCUCAGUUUGCUGCUUUUUUUUUUCUGAUCUUUACAACAGAAUGGAAGAGUAUUGCGUAAGAGUUCCUGUAACAGUUACGCAGAAAAUACUAAACUCAUCAGGCAAGAUCACCGUGCAUUGAGAUAUUUUCAUGUCAAGAUAAAAUUGCACAUUUUCCACAAUCCAUUGCUAAAAUAAAGAGGAGAAAGGCUUAAGAAGUUUCUUUUUCAGAGAGUACUGAUGCGAGUGUAGCAAGCUAUGCUAUCGUAUUGUAAAUGUUUCUCUCAGGUUUGUCUUCCUAUCAUAUUUGAUAUUCCAUGAAUAAUUGAGAUCAGCCGUCUGUAGGUAAAGAUCAUAAAAUGUGGAACAAAUGGAAUUGUAAGUGCUUUCAGAGGUUGAUAUUUAUAAGAAAGUGUCCUAAAAAUGUUUUGUCCAGCUUGAGGAAUUUUAGAAUGAUAGGAAGUCUCUCGAGUUAGCCUUCAUGCAAUUUUGUAGAUUAAAACACAAAAUUUGUCCAGAAUUUAAAGAUUUAGAUGCCUUCCUAAAUUGUUACAAUGCUUUACCAAAUCUAUGACUUCUACAUAACACAAACCAGUGGUCAAAUGUAAAACAAUAUAUUGUAGAUUUACUGUAGGUUUUCAACCUUUUUUAGAUUUAUGCAUGUGGACAUUUUUAUAAUGUAAUUACAAUCACCACAAAGUUAGCUUUUUUAAUCGCAGACAGUAAUGCAUGUCACACUAAUACGUAGUGGCCUUUUUAAGGCCUAGUCCCAGGGAAAACGUUUUGUAGAGUACAGGGGAAUGGGAGGAAGGGAAGGAAUAAUUUUUUAUUUAAAGUCAAUUUCUGCACUGUCUUUUUUCUCAAUUACCUGCAUGAAUAAUAAUGAGGAAUAUUUUGUGACUUUAAUUGGUAAAUAUAUUACAAAACCAAGUACUUAAUCUUUUACAUCAUGUCUUCAGCUAUUUGUAUUUUAACCAGUAAUUUCAAUGAUCUGAAACAUGAUUCUGAGCUUCACACGAAUUAUAUCUUCCUGUGAAACUCGAAAGUUUGAUCACUGAAUUUGAAAGUUACUGUUACCUCGUAGGUGCCCCUGCAGUUACACAGAUGUUUCCAUACAUGUUCCUGACUAAGAAGCUGCUUUUGAUUUUUGUUAUGUUGAAAUACAAGAAAUAACAAUGAUGGCAGCAAUUAAGGUCACAGAAGUCAAUAUAUAAAGGGAAAUCGAGGAGUUCUGCAGUUUCCUUUUAAUAAAUAAAGCGACAGGUGUUGGGAAGAAGGAAUUCAAUAUUCUGCCCCCACCACCCUGUACGUGCCAUCGCUGUGUAAUCCACUCCCCUUCUUUGAAACUGAUGAGACUAAAAUAGGGAAGAAAUCCUAUCAGUUGCAGUGGUAGCAUUUUGGAAAAUUUAGGAAAUCAAAAAUUCUCCAGGCUCUCCAUCUUGAUUUAUGCGUGAGUUGUUUUAUGUGCCAUAUUUGCUUUGGAAUCUUUGAUUGUCAGAAGUUUUACUAAAAUUUUGAAGAAAUAAUUGACUUUCAUCUGCUUUCUAGAUUUCCCAUUCAGUUCAUGAAACAAAGCUUGUCGACAGCACAAUUUCCUCAUUGCUGCAGAUCUGCAGCCAUCACCACUACAGAGAAGUUUGAGGGAGUUUUUUCCUUGUUAAAAUAGUUCCUGUUUUUAUAUAAAUUUCAUUUUUAGAUUAAGUUAUGAUGGAUGAGCUAUCAUAAUUCCAAUAUACAGUUCUUUUCUGUGUCAAGUAUUCAUUGUCAUGCAGUAGUGAUAAAGACAUCAAAGAUGCAGCGAGCUUAUAAAGUACUAUUUUCUAAAAGAAAUAGGAGGCAUUUUCAUCUUUAUUAUUGUACCUUUGGUUAUGCAGACACUUUGACAAUAUAAACAUUUAUGUCCCCUGUAAAACUGGUCAGAAAUCUCUUAGUUUUGUUGGGUAAAUUGAGUAGUCUAUAGCAGGUAGUACUGGGUACAAGUGGUCCAAACUAAGAUAAAAGACUAAAAUAAAAUGCUAAAUCUUAAACUGGUUUAUGCACUAAACGUUUUGUGCCUUGGUCUAAUAUUAACAUGAUGUCUGUGUAAAAUGACAAAAAAGAACCAGGUUGAAUCACGCCUGAUUUUCCAUCCUUUGGCUAAAUGUGUUCUUCCCACAAAGUUAGAUCGGAUUAUUCUAUACAUUUGUGGUCAUACAUGACAGUUGUGUCAUUGUUAGAGAUUUCAGUAAUUAAAAUGAGAAACAAAAGCUUAAGUUAUUUUCUUUAUCGAAACUAUGUUCCUCAGAACCACAUUUAUUAUGAUGGUUUUUGUGCUCUUGUACAUCGGAUGUCUUAAGCUGAGUACAGUUUAGGGAUCCUUGUGAAUUACAGGAAGGUUCUGCUUUCCUCAACACUGUGAUCUGACCUGUGACAAAUCUGUACUAUACACUAUGUAAAUGGCUAACAAGUCAAUUGCAAACAAACUGAAUGUAUAAAUCUUAGUGCUGGUGCUGAAAUCUCUUCUGAAUAGUCGUCAUGAUUUAAAAGUUGGUUUAAAAAUUUGCAGGCAUCAAGUAUCAAUCAAAACUGAAGAUGAAACACUAAUGAAUGUUGAAUUCUCAUGCAUUCAUUAGGCGUACUUCCUUUCUAGAUUUUUCAGUUCUAUGCUAUUUUUGCCGUAACUAUUUUCAUUUAAAUUUUAUUUCACUUAAAUUUCAUACACGCUAACUUCAUUUGUGUGAUUGAAAUAAAAUGGCAGUAUAUAUA